AUGGCCCAGAAGGCACGCGUGGGCGCGCGGGCGCGGAAGCCCAAGAAGCCGCACUACAUCCCGCGGCCCUGGGGCAAGCCCUACAACUACAAGUGCUUCCAGUGCCCCUUCACCUGCCUGGAGAAGUCGCACCUGUACAACCACAUGAAGUACAGCCUGUGCAAGGACUCGCUCUCGCUGCUGCUCCACGCCCCCGACUGGGCCUGCCGCCGCCGCACCCGGGCCCCCGCGCCCCCACGCCCGAGCGCGCCCCGCCCCGCGGGCCGGGCUCCCGGGCACGGCCUCCCCGCCCGACCUCGCCCUGUGGCGGCCCAGAGCCGGGGCCCGAGGAGCGCCGCGCCCCGCGACGCGCUCCUGGCCCAGCCCUGGACGCCAGCGCCGAGCGGGGACCCGAGGGGGGACGCGGCCCCCUGCUACCCGCUGCCCGGUCCCGCCGCCGCGCCCGAGGCCCAGGGCCUCCGGCUGUCCCUGCUCGGCGCCAGCUACCCUCCAGGCGCGCGGCUCCUCUCCUGCCUGGGGUCCUCGCUGGCGGCCCACGUGUCCCUUCUGGCCCCCGCGGCCGCCACCUGCCCUGCCCCGCAGCCGCCCCGCCUGUACUACCCGCUGCUCCUGGAGCGCGCUGGGGCUCUGGUCCCCGGGGUUGGGGGUGCCCUGGCUGCGUGGCGCCCCCAGGCACUCCGGGCAGGAGAGGGCGCUGGAGUGGGCUCCCAGGGCAACCCCCAGAGGAAGCUGCCCCCGGGAAGCUGGUCACAGCCCCCGAAGCCCCCCGCCAGCGCGGCGAGGCCCGGUCUCCACAGCAGCCCGCCGACUGGUCUCCCCGCGAGGCUCUGGCCAGACGACGACGAGGAGCCAGGCGACCCCGAAGCCUCCGCGCCGACCCCACCGCGGGGCCUGGCGCCGGGCGGCCGCGGGCAGGUGGGCGAGGACCUGACGCGCGCCCUGGGGGACUACGCCCGGCUGGAGCAGCGCCUGGGGCAGCUGGGGCCCGCCCGGGGCCUGGCCCCGCGUCCCCUGCGGGAGCAGCUGGGCAAGAUCCUCCGCGAGCUGCGCUCCAUCCACCAGGCGCUGGAACUGGCCGCGCGGCCGCCGGACACGCCCCUCGACCUCUCCGUGAGGCGCGGGGCCCCAAAGGGGCCAGAGGGGACCCCUGAGCCGCCCGGCCUGCUGCACCCCGAGGCGCCAGAGCCCCUUCGCGGACGCACCUCCAAGUGUGAGGCCGACUCCAGCGUCCCGCCCCCGGGCCUCCUGCUCCCGGCCCCCGAGGGGCCUGUCCUGCCUGGUGGCUAG